AUGGUAAGAGGGAUUGAACAUCCUUCCAGUAUUGUGUGCCGAAAGACGUUAGUUGAAGCAAGGUCGGGGAGAAUCAUCCAAGAUUUCAGAACCCACGUCCGUCACUAUGGCACUGAGGAGCAGCGGUGUUUCCGUUUAGUGCCGCCACCUCCAUCGUUUCCCGGUGGCAUCGACUGUUGCGUUGCCAUAAAUAGAAGCCGAGCAAAGGACCCUCUUUUGUUACUGUUCACUACUACCACUGUUGUGCCGCUACCGUCGAUGGCAGACUCUCAUCGUCACCUGCCACUGCUAGUCGCUGAUGCUGCCGUUCUGGUAGCCAUCGUGUUCCAGCCACGACUUUCCUUCGUCGCCUAUGCAGCCCUCAUGUCACUCCGGUUGUUGCUUUGUUUCCUAAGGGACGGUCAUGCUUGUAUUUCACAAGGUUGCGAGUGCGUUGCUGCUUCAAGUUCGAGUGAAGUGUGGUCGUUUUGUCUAGCCGGCAAUUAA